AUGGACGGCGACCUGAACGAGCCUGCAGUGGAGGAAGCCGAUGGGCUCGACCUCAACGCUGUUGUACUGGAGGAAGCACAUGGGCUCGACCUCAACCAGCCUAUUAUGGUGGAUGACAACGACAAUGGCUUUGAUUUGAACCUUCCAUUGGAUGAAUAUGGUGCGGUUGAUUUCAGUUUUCUACAGAAUCUCGCUGAAUCUGCUGUUGAGGCUCCCAUUCAAGCAAACCACCGAAGGAAAGAGAUGACAGAGGAACUCAGGAAACAAGUUUAUCAAGCUUUGUUGGCUAGAAGCAAGAAUGGAAAACUAGGCAAGCAAGAUACUGCAAGUGUUGCCGAUCAGUUUGGCCUCCACAUCCGAACAGUUCAACGUUUAUGGAAGCGAGGUAAAAUUCAACUUGCAAACUCUGUCCCGGUUGUGGUUUCUAGUCUAAAGAAGGGUAGAGUUGGCCGUAAGGCAGUCCCUGUUGAUUUAGAACCAUUGCGCAACAUUCCUCUAAAGGAAAGAAUGACCAUAGAGGAUGUGUGCAACCAAUUACACUUGAGCAAAUGGAGGAUUCAAAGGUAUUUGAAAAAAGGUUUUCUUAGGCACCACUCUAGUAGCAUCAAACCAUAUCUCACUCAAGCUAACAAAAAGUCUAGGUUAAAGUGGUGUGUUGAUAUGAUAGAGAGAGAAUUGCUUGCUGAUCCAAGGUUUAAGGAUUUUUAUGACUUUGUGAUCAUUGAUGAAAAAUGGUUCUACCUCCAUCAAAAAUCAGAAAAAUAUUAUUUGCUACCUGAAGAAGAUGAUCCCAAUCGGACUUGUAAGAACAAGAAUUACAUCCCUAGGCUCAUGUUCUUGUGUGUUUGUGCUCGGCCAAGGUUUAGGGAUGGGGAGUGCAUUUUUAAUGGUAAGCUUGGUUGUUUUCCUCUUGUCACUUAUGAGCCGGCUGUAAGGGGGAAUCAAAGAACCGGCCGUGUCCGUGGAGAAUUGGUUAUGAAGCCCAUUACAUCGAUCACAAGAGAUGUCAUUAGGGACUUCAUGAUCAAUAAGGUGUUGCCGGCUAUUAGAGCCAAAUGGCCAAGGGAAGAUGUGGGCAAAUCGAUAUUCAUUCAACAUGAUAAU